UUGCGAUUAAAAUUAAUAAUCUGUGGUAUGCAGUUUUGUUUUUAUCUUUUAAUUCAUUUUUAAUAACCAAUGCGAAAAACUAAUUUGGGAUCCGAGGCUAUGCGACUAGCUUAAAUACAAAUCUAGAAUAUAGGGGAGCUGUUAUUAUUUCGAAAUAGAAAUGAAUAUAAGCACACAUACGACAAAUGAAUUGGAAACGAGAGCAGGGUCGGAAGUCGAAAGAAACAGCUCUUAUUCAAAUUGCAGGUCAUCGGAUUAUUUCACUCGCAAACUCGGUAAAUCAACAAUAAAUAUCCAGCAAAGCUGAAAAACAUCAGCAAUUUACAAUGGAGCAGGUUAUAACGCGGAAGAAUCUGGCGAAGGGAACUGAAUAUAAGUAGCAAAAAGUAUCUAGCCAGUCUGAAAAUGAACUCCGUCAGCUCAGCAUUUAAAAUCAAGAAGAGCAACACGCCCAGCCCAACAACAGUCACAGUCACGGCUGCGUCUAAUGUUGCCACACCAGACUGUAUGCAAAACGGUGACCUAGUUAGCCAUGGCGCUACCAAUAAGAACCCAGGAGCUCCAAACAAUGGGUGUCAAUACCGUCUGCCAAUACCCGAGACUGUCAAUGAGCCGGUGUUCCAUGUUGUCGUAGCUGCCGUGGACGACCUGCGUAUGCGCGAAAGCGGCAAUGUGUUUCAUCCGGUCGUGGAUUCAGCUGCCGCAAGCACUGAUACUGUUGAUUACUGUGCGCCCGCUUUAGUGCGAUUAUCUUGUGUGAAAGGGCACUCUGAUUACAACAUGAACGGCAAGGCGAACAACAUCUCUAUCAGCCCCAAUGCGCAGGUAGCCGAAAAUGGUAACAUAGACAUUAAUCCGCUGACACACAGUCCAGUUCCGCCGCCAGAUGACGAUGAUGAUUCGGAUAACUCGACGGUUGCCUGCAUCAGUACGAGCAGUUCGAGCGAAUACAGCAACAGCACCGUAGUGCAAAGUCCAACGGCGGCAGUCGCAAAUCUCCAGACUUGCAGCCCAGGCAAGAAAUCUGACGAAUACCGUGUUGAGUGCAACCCAAAUGAGGACGGUAGCUACCAAAUGCUGCUUGCACCCACUGCAAUGUCAAAAGGCCAUGGAGAUUAUAUGCCUCAUUUCCCAAUUACCCUGCCCAUUUCAUUGCCUCCCACCAUACAACGCCGUAGCGCGAGCAGCAACUGCAUCAUCUCCACGACUUCAAGACUAUCCAAUAGCUCAGCGGCAAGCACGCCGAAGCACGUACGCUCAUCCGGGCCGCGCCUGAUCCGUGGACUUAAUCAAUCUAUGCCCUCCGUGCACGGGCGUCCGAAUCUGAGCGUGAUUCCACCAUCAGUUGAACUUACCGGAACCCAAGCGAUCGACAAAACACCAAAAUGCAUUUUUAAGCACGAAAGGAACUUGAGCUUAGAUUACAGAUCGAUGGGCAUAUUGCUGGCGCCUGUUGCUCAGCUAAGCAGCACACGCAUCAAUCACACGCAACAUAAUCGCAACCGUAGUCUCGACAGCGCCCUGCAACGCAUUCCCGAGGUGGAGAUGUCCUCGCCCAAUGCAGAAACUGAGACUAUAUUUUGCUCACAACCAUCAAAACUGAACACCAAUAUGUGCUCGAAGAUUGACACAACCCCAGCCAAUAUUACGGCCGCACUAGCCACCUCCCCACCAAAUUCAAAUCCAAAUCCAAAUCCAGCCUUUACUGAUGCUCCCAAUGCAGAGCUUGUGCCUGGAACAGUCGCCUCUGUCUGUUCAGGAACGAAUCCGCCCACAUCUGCAGUUACAAUACAUGUGCAGCAGAACCAGCAUAUACCCAGCGUAGUUGACGAUGCCUGUCCAGCCCUGCAAAAUCAAACCAAACCGAACGAGUUGGCUAAGGACACACAGGACAUGAUCGAUGAAAUAAGUGGCGGUAACAGUAGCAGCAACAGUUGCAGCAGUGCAGGCAGCAGCAAAAAACGCGAGGACCUGACUAGCCUGGGAUCGGAUGAUUCAGGCAUCAUAUGUGGCUCGGACUCGGACCAAAUAUCCCUUAGUCGCAUAGGCCACUCUCAUGAGGCGCUCAAUCUGGGCGCAAUGGAUGCCAAUGCGGAAGCGGGAGCCAAGAAUUGCAUCGACUUGGUGGAAGCGAAGCUUACUGAUGUGGCCUACAAACUAAUGGAAUCGGAUGCUUGCACCUUUUCGUCGCACACCGCCGAAGAAAAGCGAGAACAAAUCCAAUUGGCAGCAGAGGGGCAAGAUGAGAAACCGCGCGAUGGGGAUGAUCGACUGCGUUAUCGCGUAAUGAACAUGUCCCAGGCGGCCAUUAACUCGGAGCUCGGAACAGCACCCAAUGAGAUAGAACCGGUGCUGGACGAGCAUGAGGGGGACCACGUGCCAUCGUCCAACAAUAUUACGGCACCAGCAGAAACCAUGUCCGCAAAGACACCAGACGCAACACCCACACCAAUAGCCACUCCCACUGAGAACAGUAAAAGCGACCAAGUUCUCUUUAAGAACUUCUUCGGUGCCACUAAGAAUGCAAUUUUCCGCACGGCCCAAAGCAUAAUUGAGAACCACGAGAAGAAGAAUGCAGUCAAGCAGAAGACUGGCGAGCCGCAAGACACUUUAUCGGCGAUAUCCACCACGCCCAGCAGUGGCACGGCAAUCUCCCUGGAUGUGGCGAAGUCCCCCACAGACGUUUCUAAAAGGAAAGAGUUCUUUAGUCUACUCAGCUCCAGUUCCAGCAGAAAAGCAGCUGGCACAACAACCGACGCUCCUGCAACUGAAACGACAACAGACGCCAGCAGAACUGUGUCCACGUUGGAUACUUCAACAAGUAUGCAGAUUAAGAAGCGUACACUGAGGUUGCGGCUUCCGGUCGCAAAAACUGAAACCGAUGAAACCGUCGCAAAAACUGAAAUGAGCUCCUCUAUGAACCAACUGAAGAUGCCCGUGCCAGGCGUAGUGAAAUACUAUAUUAAUGACCAUGCGCCCACUUCUGGUCCCCAGCAGAGCAGCGAUCGUGGACCCAGCGGCCUGUUGCGCUUUUUUGAAUCGCCCGUUUUCAAUAUUCACUUUGCCGUGCACUAUUUGUUCUACUCGAAGGAGCCAGGCGUGCUGAGCUUUAUUGGCAACAAGAUAUUUAGCUUUUCUGACCAGGAAGUCGAUCUUUAUAUACCGCAGCUAAUCGUAAUGUAUAUUGAAAUGGACGAACUCGCUGAAGUACUGGAUCCCUACCUCACCAUACGUUGCCGAAAGUCGGUUGACUUCUCCCUCAAGUGCCUGUGGCUUUUGGAGGCUUAUAAUCACCAGGUGGACUCGCUGGGCAGCAGCAGUAAAAGUCGCAAGUCCAAGCUGUCGCUCAUGAAGGAGAUAUUCUCCAAGAAAGAGGGCAAGCAUCAAAUCAAAUCUAGCCAAGGUCCAGCUGUUGCUCUGGUAAAAAAAACACACCAUCGCUCCCAGUCAGAUGCCACAGUGUUGCUCGCAGAUUCCGGCAGCCCUCACGCGUUCAACAAAACGCAUCGAGUGUACCAGGAGCCGCCGAACACCACACGAACGCUGCCCCCAACACCUGCGAAGCUGUGCUUAGGCGAUCUGAGCUCAGGACGUGCCUUCGACAAUGGAUGCACUUGUUUUGAAACGGUAAGGGGACAGGUUAACGGUCUCCUAGGGCAUCGCACGUUCUGCAAUUGCGGUGCGCCAAAGACUUCCCCGCAAAAGGAGUUCAUGAAGGCGCUAAUGAAUGCGGGCAAGAAUCUGACAUCCCUGCCGUCCAAGGCGGAGAAGACUUCAGCACUGCGGAUGUGUCUUAAUCGGAUCAACAAAAAUUUGCCCGCUCGUGUCUGGCUGCCGCUUUACUCAGAUGUGCCGCAUCAUGUGGUACGCAUCACAGAGGAAAAGACUGCUGUGCUAAAUUCCAAGGACAAAACUCCGUACAUCAUAUACGUGGAGGUGGUGGAAGUGCCUGACAUUCACACCUCGCCGCUAAUACCGAAGAUGAUGCCGUCGCUGCGACACACCAAGAGCGAGGAGCAUUUGGAAGGCGUCUGCCUGAAUCACAGCUGCACCCGCAUCUCUAGCUGUAGUGAUAGCCAUCAUGGGUCCAGCUGUCGCCGAAAAAAGGGCACUGAAUCGCAUGCAGAGUGCAGAUGCGGAGAUCCGGCCCAACACAGUUGCUGCAGCGGUAAUCAGAGCACUCUGCUGUCAUUGGGCGGGUUGCAGCUGCUUGCAGAUGAUGUCUGGUCACAGGAAGAGGAUGAAAUCACUGCGCAGUACUUAAACAUGCGCAAAAUCAGCGAGCGGGACGCCAUCUCACAGAUGUCAUUAGACUCAUGCGACUCUAGAGAUCAGGGUCCACCAAUUGUCUUUAACAUUGGCGAUGUUCGGACUCGGCACUGCAACAAUUUGAGCUGCGAGAACACAAAGUCCUUUAGCAACGAUCCUGAGGAUCCAUCUGCAGCGGUUUUAAAGGAACCCUGGCAUAUGAAGGAGAAGCUCAUACGCGAGUCCUCCCCCUAUGGCCAUUUAUCGAACUGGCGACUGUUCUCGGCGAUUGUCAAGUGUGGUGAUGAUUUGCGACAAGAGCUUAUGGCCACGCAGCUUUUGCAGAUGUUCAAGAUUAUUUGGCAGGAAGAAAAUGUGGAUCUGUGGGUGCGGCCGUAUAAAAUAAUUUGCCUCUCGAAUGACAGUGGUCUGAUUGAGCCUAUAUUAAACACUGUCUCGCUGCAUCAAAUUAAAAAGAACUCCAACAAAUCUUUGCGAGAUUAUUUUAUAGAUGAAUAUGGUAUACCCACAGGCGAAAGCUUCAGUCAAGCCCAAAAGAAUUUCGUUGCAAGCUGUGCGGCUUAUUGUCUGAUAUCCUAUCUACUGCAGGUUAAGGAUAGGCAUAAUGGUAACAUACUCUUUCAUUCGGAUGGUCAUAUAAUACAUAUAGACUUCGGCUUCAUUCUUAGCAUAUCUCCUAAAAAUUUGGGUUUCGAGCAGUCACCUUUUAAGCUCACGCACGAAUUUGUCGAUGUUAUGGGAGGCACAGAGUCCGUACAUUGGCGGGAGUUUAAUCGCCUGCUGCUUGUCGGCAUGAUGUCAGUGCGCAAGCACAUGGACCGCAUCAUAAACUUUGUUGAAAUCAUGCGAAGUAAUGCGCAUUUGCCAUGCUUUAAGAAUGGCUGUUCCGGCACAGUACAGAAUCUCCGAAAACGCUUUCAUAUGAAUUUAACUGAGCAGGAAAUGGAACGCAAAGUUGAACAGCUUGUGCAGGACUCACUAAAAAGCCUCUCAACAAAACUGUACGAUGGCUAUCAAUAUUAUACGAAUGGUAUAUUGUGAGACGGUUUUUCCUUUAUGAAUAUCUAACUGGAAUGAUGAAUUAUCUCGCGUGCUAAAAUGCCAAUAUGAUAAACCAAAACUAUGGACUGUUUAAAAAAUAGUUUAUAUAUUUAGAUACACAUUUUAAUACAUCUAUAUUUAUAUACACAAAUAUAUAAAUAUACGUGUAUUUAAAAUGUAGCGCUAACAAACAACAUGAGCAAUCGUAAGAAUGCAAGAGAAUUAAGAUUGUACUAAGUGAGCAACUGUUUUUGAAGCCAGAGUCGUCGAUUAUGCGUAUUGGCACUGUUAUUCUAUUAUUAUAUUAUAUUACAUUAGGCUAAAGUUAAUGUUGUCUAGCUUUUAAGUAAAAGUGUAAAUGUGUGUGACUGUAUAUGUUUUCCUGUCUUCUUUCGGUCUUGCAUUGUAUUUAGCAAUCAAAAUAAUCAGUGCGUUGUAUAUAUUUAAGAGCUUAUAUUUGUAGCUGUAAAAUUUACCGAAGCGCCACGCAUAUUUUUAAGAAAAUUAAUACAUGUGAAAGCUAUUAUUUUAUAAUUCCAUUAACUUUUUACAAUAUUAAAUUCGUUUAAUUCACUGUCCGUCAGUAUGAAUUAUUAAUAUUAUAACUUUUACCAUUAUCGUGUUUAAAUCAUAGCGUAACUAACUUAAAACGUUCCAAUUGUGCUUACUCACACGUAAACUAUAAUUAACAAUAACAUUGAUCAAGUGUCCCGCAAAUAUAAAAAGUAUAUCGGGAAAAUAACAUUUAAAAUUCAUUUUGCUUUCGCCUUUAUAUAAGCUAAACAUUUUUCUAACUUUAAAUAUAAAUAAAACCAACGCUAAAAUUAACUUAAAAUUAUAGUUAGGCACUUAAAUUUUAAAGUUCAAACUUUUGUAUGUUGAAACAAUAUUAUAUAACAUUUGUGUGAGACUCAUAAAUUAUGUAUUUGAUAAUUGUUGCUACCUAAUAAGAGAACGAAAAAAAUACAAAAUCUUAAACAAA